AGUUGCCACUGUGAAUUUUCGAUCGUUUUGGUAAUUUACCUGGGCUGAGCCCAUAACAACAGGACAGGGAGAAAGGUUGAAAAUGUCGAAGAGAAAACUGGAAGAAGAAGAUUCAUUGAGUACAGCUAGUUCUGAUAGCGCCGACAGUUUGGGAAAUGUUGAGGAAUAUCAGAGUGCGAAACGGAAUCGACGUGUCCGUUUCAGCGAGAGAACAGUAUUCCACUUUCCUCGUACACAAGGUUAUACGUGUGUGCCUUCGAAUGGUGGAACAACGCUUGGGAUGAAACAUAAACACAGCUUUGUCGAAAGAACUUUAAUAUCCGAAGAAGAUCAGAGCGAAAGCGAUACGGAAGAUUCAUAUGAUAGCGUGGACAGCGACGAUGAACACUGUUUUAUGCCAAUUCCACAAAAGGAUCGCAAAGACAUUUUGAAAGCGGCCGGCGUAAAGAAAAUCAACAAACAAGAGGCUAUUGAGUGUAUGCAAAUUAGAUAUUCUCGGCAGCUUUGUGGAUGUUCGUGUAAAGACUUCUGUGAGCCUGACUCAUGUAGCUGUCGUUUAAACGGAAUAAAUUGUCAAGUCGAUCGAGAUAGUUUUCCGUGUGGCUGUAGCCGUGAAGGAUGCCAGAACCCUCACGGACGUCAUGAGUAUGACCCGAUUACGGUACGCCGUCAUUUUAUUGAAACAGUUUGGAAACUUCGAGGAGAGAAAUAUCUCUGGCGUGAAUCGACACCCGAUCAAGAACGAGAUUCGAAUGAUUUGCAAGCUUCAAGACAAGUAAUGGGUUUUACUUCCGUUUCAUAGCUCAAAACAUACGUUAUCUUUACGUCGUUUGUGUUGUACACUGUACAUCAAAAGGAUAAGAAAAAAAGCGAAAGGUUUCUAACGAACAUUAAAUAUCGGAGCCAUGACUCCGAGAGUGUGAUUUAUUGAAAUUUGAAAUGUGUAAUAUCUUUAAGGGGGUGCGAAAU